AUGGUUGCGGUUGGAGCGGAAGGUGUUAUGGAAACUGGUGGCAUCAUCAACAAGAUUGGAACUCUUAACGUUGCAAUAGUGGCGAAAACCAUGAACAAACCGUUCUUUGUAAUGGCGGAGAGCAUUAAAUUCGUCAAGGAAUACCCGCUAAAUCAAGCAGACAUUCCAGAAGAAUUCAAGUACCGCACCUCGGUGUUGGAGAAUAAGGACCUCAGCAUAGAGCAUCCGAUGGUUGACUACACCUCUCCCCAGUACAUCAACCUAUUGUUUACGGAUCUUGGUAUUUUGACGCCAGCAGCAGUUGGAGAGGAAUUGAUUAAAUUGUACACAUGA